UAAAAGAAUUAAAAAAAUGUGUCCAAGUCUUAUAGAUGGUUCUUGUGAAUCAGUCCCCACCCUCCAAGCAUUUGCUAUCUGCUUAUAUUUUUGGCAACUAUGGAUUAAUUUUAUGCUACGUAAUAUCUGCACACACCUUUCUGUUGGCGUUUUAUUGACUCUUUUGCUUGGCUGAAUAUUUUUUAAUUUUGUUUUUAGGUUGGGAAUACUACUCUUGUUCUAUAGUGUAAUGUGCUUAAAGUAACACAUCAAAGAUGGCUAACUAUCUUGACCACUUCACGUCUGUGGGAGAUGUCCCCCAAGAACACAAGGAAUUCCAUGCGGAAGAUGAAGAGAAAGCAGAAAAGAAACCCCACCCUUUCACAUCUGCCUAUACCUUCAGGGAUGCACUUAAAUGGCUCCUCAGCAGCCACAAAUUUCAGGUACAGUGAGAUUAGCUUCUUUUUAUAACUUAAUCUUAAGAGUGUAGUGGGAAAAAAUUGUACCACAUGUGGACAUCAAGAUGCCACCAGCUCAUAUUUUAUUAGAAUGCCCAAUAUAAUCUAUCAGCAAUGUUGACAGAAAGAUUACCAACUCAUAUUCCAUGCUACUGUCGGUUGUCAUCACCAAAGAAAAAUACUGGCCCGUGUGACUUUGUCCAACUGUGUUAUUUGUAGUUCAUCAUGCUAUCGUAAAAAGCAAAAUAAAGUUACUUAAUGUUUCAAUCUUUCUACCUUGGACGGGUUGCUCUAGGAGGAUUUCCACAAUCUAGCUUUACCAAAACUUGCUAUUCAGUAACUACACUUUUAUCAUAUAAUAGAACACAAAUCACAAUCUAGUAUGGACUAGCGGGGUUGUUCACAUGUAUGGAUCAAAUAUGAGGUGGCCAUCUUGGAGGGAGUGAAAACAAGCUUUUGUUAAGUAUAUGAUAUGUAUAAUGAUACAAUUUUUUUUUUUUUUUUGGAGGGGUGAAGGGGGGUUUAUGUAUAAUUUUUUUUUUAAAUCCACGAUCAUCAGACAAUUUGACUUUUCCAGAGAGUACACGUCUACUUGAGGAAUUGUAUGUAUCAUCUAAUGAAUAUGAUAUAAUGUAUUAAACACAGAAGAAUGGGUUCAGUAAAAGAUGAAGAGGUGACAGUGGCAAUAAGAGAGUCGAAGAGGUAUAGGAAUGAGUAAUGGGCCCUAGUGACAGGCACCCUCCAGGGUUCCGGGACUCAGAACGCUCGGGGGCUUAGCCCAGCUCGAUGGAUAUCCUUCAACAGGGGCCUGGCUCUUUAAGAGCCUAACUGGGCCCCUGUGAUGUCAGCCGGCUGGGAGGAAGUGACAGCCUGUGACUUCCUCCCAGCUAUACGGAGAGUGCGCCACAAGGGAGUGGAAACAUAAAGAGGAGAAACGAGUGAGCUGCUGCCACACAUCAGCCUCAGCCAGCACCUCCAUUAAGCCACCCUCCUACAGACAAAGUUAAGCUUAUUUGGCUUUAUUUGGCUGUAAAUAAAUUGUGACGAACGUGUUUAUACCUGUUUGUGUAUGUGUCAGUGCGUAUAUGAAAAUGUGUGUUUAUGUAUUUUCGUAUGUAUGUGGUAGUGUAUGUGCAUACAUCCCAGCAGACACCAACACCGCAUGCAAACACACCCAUGCAAUCAAACACAAACAUUACAUACAAAGAAACCCUUGCACUCAAACUCCAAAAUUAUAUACAAACACACCAAUACUACACACCAUUAUAUGCCAACACUACAUCCAAACACAACAAUGCAAACAUUACAUACCAACACACCCCUGUAUUAAAACGCUAAUAUUGUAUGCAAACAUCAGCACUACACACAAAAGCACACCUGCAUUUAAAAGCCAGCGCUACUUGCUAGCACAGCCCAGCAUUCUAACACUACACACAAGUACACCGCUACAUUCCAAUGGUAACCGUACAUACAAAUACACCCCUACAUGCAUCCACAUACUCUACACAAAGACAUGCUUACAUUUAAACGAACAAAUACUGCCCACAAAUAUAACCCUGAAAGGAUGGGCAAAUGGUAGAUCCCCAUCUGUCAUACAACUUUCACAAUGCUAUGCCAGCUGGAGAUCUCUCUUUUCACCACUCUUGCGCUAGAUGGGGGUCCAAAAAUUCUUGUACGAGGGCCCUCUCUACAUUAGUUCUACCACUGUCCGUAUAGCUGCCCUCUCUCUAAUUGCUUUAUCUAAAUAACCUCCAUCUGUAGAAGAUGUAACUCGGAAUACCAACACAAAAUUUAAUUUGCACCCUUGCACUCAAACAAACUGGCACAUGUGGGAUUGCUACGUGAAAGGGUCCAGGAACAACCUAAACCCAACAUAAGUCCUUCAGUCAUUCAAUACAAAGAUGAACGAGGAGUGGGAGAAAUCAAGUGUCUGUAGGGUAACUGGACAUGUAUUGGGUUUUGAGAGGUCGUCAUUCUAAUGGACACAAUUGUUGAUUAGUGAUCAUUAACGUGGGGUGGGUCGAUUGCUUUACCUAGUGAUUGGGAAAUCAUCCUAGUUCUUUAGAGGUACGUCUGCACGUAUAAUUUUGUUUAUCUGCAUGUGUGACAAAUUGUAUCUUGGUAUAUUGUAUUAUUAGGCUUUAUCUUUUGUACUACUUUGUAUUGUGCCAAACUACGAUUGCUUCUUGAUACUAUGGAAUGGUUGUUAUAUAUCUUUUUCUUUUAUAGAUUGCCGUUGUGUGUCUUGUUAUUCUUGAUGCUUUGUUUGUCCUCGUUGAGAUCCUUUUGGAUUUAGAAUUGCUUGUAGAAAAAGUUGACCACAUCAUACCAGAGGUAAGCUUCAAAUGUUUGUGUAUUAAACGCAUCUCUAAAAUUCACUCUUACAUUUCUUCACACUUGCUCCUUACCCCCCUCCCUCCCCCAAAAGGCCUGCAUAUUGAGUCUACCUCUUCAUACUAAUAGACUGCCUUCCCCACCCCUAUAAAAGGACUUGAAUGCAAGCAUGCAAACCACAUCCUACUAAAACCUACACAUUUUACCUACUGUAUCUUAACCAAAUCUGUCCUGUCCUAAAGCUGCUUAUAGCAAACUCUUGACAUUUUGUGAAUGUGGAUGGAUUGAAUUUAAUUUAAAGGGUCACUCCAUUCUGUGGUAGAUAGCCCCCCAUGCAUUUUCCCCAUCGAAGAGACACACCUGGGCUUAUUUUCUUCUCAUUCAUUAUUUAUUAUCUGAAACGGAUAAAAUUCUAAUCCUUGACAGUGAUCAUAAAACACAUUUGUAAAAAAAUUCUAGGGACACACUAAGCACCAUAGCCCGCAUCCGCCCCUUUCUUACACAAGAUUUUUUUUGGUUUUCGAUAAGUAUUGAAUACAACUAAGAGUAUACUCUGUGCUGCUGUCAGCCUACAUAAGCAUUUAUUCUCCGUUUAACUUAUAACAUAUGUUUGAAUAUUAGGAAUUAGGCUUAAUGUGCUCUUCAGUGGGCACAAAACCCAUGUCUGUAGAACCCUACAGUACAUUUUAUUUAAUUGGAUAAGUUCAUGAUUAGCAUCUGUGAUUGAUAUCAAUGCAGAAAAUAGUAUGUUACAUAUGUCAUCCAUCAAGCUGGCUACAUAUCCUGGGAAUUGUAGUCCUCAAAACUUUGCACUGUACCGGGGUUAGCCAUCAUUGCUGGCAAAAAGAUUCCUAAAGUACAUUUCUACUAUGAAUGUGUGAUUGACAAAGCAUCCUUCUAACUUUAUUUUUGUUUUGGCUUUUAUUUCCCUAGAUUUUCCAUUAUUUGAGUAUUUCUGUCUUGAGCAUUUUUCUUGUGGAAAUUGUCGCAAAGCUAUAUGCUUUCCGGCUAGAAUUCUUCCAUCACAAAUUUGAAGUUUUUGACGCUGUUAUUGUGAUAAUCUCCUUUAUCAUUGACAUUGUCUAUAUCUCUCGGGAAGAUGUAUUCAGUGCAAUUGGGCUACUGAUUUUGCUUCGGCUUUGGCGAGUGGCCAGGAUAGUGAAUGGUAAGUGUUUGUUCAUUUAUUUUUCUUAAAAACUGCUAUAAUUACCGUUUGAGGGACCUGGUACUAUGCACCCAGACAACUUCAAUCAGCUGCAGUGGUCUGGGUGCUUAUAUUGUCCGUUUAAGGCAAGUGUGUUUUGACAACUAGGGCCCUAAAGGGGACAAUGCACAUCAAAGUACUUUAGUGCAAAUUUACACCCUCCUUAGGGCGAGCUGCAAUUUUGGAACUGAGUAAUUGCAGACACAUAUUGAGGAGCGCAGAGUGCAAUUUCAGAAAUUCUUUAUAUUUUGUGUCUUAAAUUGGCACUUUAAUUUAAUCUGAAAGAUUUUAUGUGAUUAAAAAGGACAUGCACCAGUUGAUCUUUUGAUUGAAGCUUAUUAAACUCUUUUGAUUGAGGCUUUAAUUCAUACGUGAGAAGAAAUGUCUGUGUGCAUCAAGUGACCUGUGGGACAUGGGUUUAACACCGCUGCAGUGGAGGAUUCUACAUAGUUGUAUAACCACUGUUCUACUGAAUUUUAGAUGUAAAACAAAAAUCAGAAAAAGGCUGUGAGAAGGAUGGAAGUAAAAGUUUAAAAUACAUUAAAACCAGAGACCUGGGAGAAUGGGGCAAGGUACAAGUUAAGGCUAGCUCUGGGAGCUUCUAGUCAAGUUUCUAAAGCUGUGAAAUGGUUCGACAAUCUCCCCUCUCCCUCACAAAAUCUAUGCCCAAGGAUUUCUAAUAAGCAGAGUAUUUAAUAAUCCACAGGUGUUAUUCUGUCUGUAAAGAGCCGUGCAGAAGACAAAAUCCAUAAACUAAAACAUAAACAAGAUGUGUUACUGGCGAGAGUCUCACAACUGGAACAGCAGUGUUCUGAACAGGUACGAAAAUUGUAGUUUGUUGUUUUUUAUUCGAAAUUCUUAACUUAAUGAUGUCAUGGGUUGUUUUUGUUUUACCAUAAUGCAAAAAGCUAAGUUGUCUUCCAUGAGAUUAAAGUUUCCAUUAAGCCGUAAAAUGGUAGUAUUAAAUUAUUUUAGUAUUCAUUUGACUGGCUGUGGGACAUGGCAUUGCACAUGUAGGUUUUGUAUUUCUGCAAGCCAAGUAAAUAUAUAGACACGCAUACCGCCAAAACAAUAUCACCUCCUAAGCCCCACUUACCUACUGCAUUGGUUGCGGCACUGACAUUAAACCAAUAGAAAAAGACUUCUUGGCAGUAUAAAUAAUGACCGCCUCCAUUCUUACUGCAUUUACCUGCUUGGUUGGGUUCCUUAUAAAUACAUACCCAUGAGCAGUACAUCUGAUUUAUUUAUUUAUUUUAAUUGGAUAAGGUCUCUAAACAAAAAUAAAAUGUACCCUCCCACAAUUUCAGUAAAUAAAUUUUUAAUAAGAAAAAUACAUAAUUUUAUUUAUAGAGAUAUAAAGAACAGUAAGUGUAUAUAGAACUGCUCUUUCUUAUAACUUGUUUAUUGGCUUAUUAGUCAAGCAUCACUGCUAGAAACAAACAAUACAACUUACAGAAUGCUUCUCAUUUUGAACAAGUCUAGAAAUAUAGUACUUUGUGUUCCAUGAAUGUAGAGGUGAGAAUAUUUUAUCCUUAGUCAAGGAAAAUGGUGAUUUAUCACCCAAUGAUGGUCUGAACGUUCUCUCGGAGCACUGCCUUCUUCCACAAAUAAAUGCUAACCCACACGCUGCAAAUGGUAGAAAUACAUUGCCCAUGAUUCUCAGCUAUUAGUCUAGUUGAACUUCCUGAAAAGUAUAGUUCACACUUCUGCAACGCCAUGCUUAAGUAUUACAAAAAUGUGCAUUAAAUGUUAUAUUUUUAAUUUAAAUUUUCCACAGGAGCAAGAGAUUUCCAGACUACAGAGAGUACUACAACAACAUAAUAUAAUUCCUGAUUCAACCGAAGCGGCACAUUCUUGAUUUUUUUUUUUUUCAGUAAGCGUUUUCUUGGACCAUAUUUUAUGUCUAAUUCUAUUUUAAUGAACAUCAUGUUUAAAAAAAAAAAAAAAAUGCAACAAAUUUGUAUAUUUUGAUUUCGCUUUAUUGUAUAAAAUACAUAUUUCGACCAUAAAUAAAAAUGAUUGUUACACAUGUUUAAACAAAAUACAGUGCUACUCAAGGCUUCUUGACAAUUUGUUCUAGUAGAAAACCAGCAGUUAUAUAUUUAUUUUUAGAUUCUUGGUGCACAUGCUGAAAGUGUUCAAUAUACACCCACCAUUAUUUGGUUUUAAAUGGUUUAGUGUCAGUGAUAUACUUUUUAAAAGAUGCAUAGCCAUUUAUUCUAGUUUUUGCAUGACCCAAUAGCUAACUGAUAUGGGAUCAUCUUUUCUUUAUUAAAUAAAGUUUAUAACUCAUAUACAAUGUAUGGGUAUGCUAGGCAUAUAGUAAUUCUGUGUACAGGUUUGGUUAUGGAGCAUACAACACUACUGAAGGAAUGUACUUGUAUGCCACCUUAAAAGCAGAUGCUCAAGUGGGUCUGAAGCUUUGAAGGGUGCUGACACCCACAUACAAGGUGUGUUUUUAUACUUUACUUUUUAAAAGCACCACCUGAUUUGAGGAAUGCAGUUGAGCAAAGGAUGAGAAAGAGGAACUGUCUCUUUAAAAGAAAUGGCAAUUCCUCUUCAAGUGUAAGGUUUCGUCAUUCAACAUAUGUCUUCACCUCUUUAAGACAUUGAACACAAACUAUAAGGGACCGUGUCUCUCAGACACACAACUGUUUGUUCAUGCUUGAGUGAAGUCUUUAUUCCGCAGGGAGCAGGAAAACUCAAAAUUACAUCGAUUUGGUCUGCACUAUUCAGUCAUUUUAUUAUAAAAUGUAAAGCACAUGUACAAGCUAGUAACACCUUAGUGUUGGUGUACUGUCAUUUGAUGAGACAUUUUAAACGUUUGUUGAGGUCUGUGAGGGUACCCCAUCUUUUAGGUGAGACUUUUUUUUUUUUAAGUUCUUUUUGUGGUUUGACCUGUUUGUUCUUUCAUUUUAGAUGUUUGUUACGGAUUUCCACAUAAUAAGCAGAGUGGAAACUGUCACUUUCUGCAGCAAGCUAAAGCAGAUCUAGCUUUAGUGCUGUUUUUCCGGAUUGUUUUUUGUUUAAGUGUGCUAUAUAAGGUAAGAGUACAAAAGUAAGGAGUUGGCUUUAUGUAAACCUAAUAUAUUCCCUGGGGCAAUGGAGUCUUAGGGGGCCGACCACCUAAAUGGUGGUUUAGAACUAUAGUGUCAGGAAUACACAUUUGCAUAACUGAUACUAUAUUGUCCCUUUAAGUAUAUCUCUAAGUAACCUUGCAUUUUGCAUUCAUUCUGUCCAUGUUAUGGAUCAUGUUGCUAGAACACAACAUAUCAUUGUCAUGUUUUUAAUAUUAAGAUGUUGCUUAAAUCCUGUCUUUGUGGCACUUAAACAUAGCAGGAUAAUUCCCACUGUAAUCAUUUACAGCUACCAAUUAAUAUUUACAGAGCUAAAUCCGAUAACCUAAUGUGCUACCUGCUAAUUAUACAAAUGGGUAGAAGAAAUCAAAGGGCAGCUUGGCAUCAAAGGUUGGUUGAGCUUUGUAACCAGGCUCUGCGGAUGCAGACACAUCAACAAAAGUGACGGAACAGAAGAUCUGUACAAGUUUUUCACUUCCAAGAAAAGCGGUCUAUAAAGAGGGACACCAUUAAUAAUCAUAUACAGAGUGAAUGUACGGAUUAUCAUUGAUCAACACAUUAUAAAUUGCAUCCAUGUGGCCAACAGGGCAAAUUUAAUAUGGGUCAUAUUUUAACGGUUUACAAGAAAUGCAUGUAUUUACAGUACAAAAGGCUAGGUUAUCCUACAUUAACUUUAAACAUUUGCAUUGCACUUAAAGCCUGGAUUAUGGAGCUGAUAAAUGCAGAG